AGAAGAUUGUUAUGAUAAUUUUCUGUUGGUUUAAAAACAUUAAUAAUAAAUAAAUACUCAUUACUGUAGUUUAUAAUUAGAUACUGAAUAUGGCCUCUUCAUCGUCAUUAGAAAAUUUGGAAACACAGUUAGAAAUGUUUAUAGAAAAUGUUCGUCAAAUCCACAUUAUUGUAAGUGAUUUUCAGCCCCAGAGCCAAAAUGUAUUAAAUCAAAAAUUACAAGCAUUAGUCCAUGGCCUACAAGAAGUUGACAAGCUCAAAGCACAAGUACAGGAUGUUCACGUUCCAUUAGAAGUAUUUGACUACAUAGACCAAGGGCGCAAUCCUCAAUUAUACACAAAAGACUGUAUUGAAAAAGCUCUUGCCAAAAACGAACAAGUUAAAGGAAAGAUAGAUGCUUAUAGGAAAUUCAAAGCUAACAUGUUGGUAGAACUCAGUAGAACAUUUCCUAAUGAAUUGAGCAAGUAUAGAGCUCUAAGGGGAGAUGAAUAAUGUAUAUUUUUAUUUAUCUAAAUGGUGUUUAGAUGUAAUUUGUUAAUGUUUAUAGUUUUUAACAACUAGAAUAGAUAAUUUGUAAUUUUGAUAUCAUGGUUAUAGUAUAAUGCAAUGAUAUACUUUUAAAAUACAUAAUUAUUUAUUGUCAA